CCUACCCCAGGUUAACUCCACCAAAGGCUGCAGUCGGACAUCAUUCUCGACCUGUCAAUCAACGCCAUCCAUAUCUGAUGCCGUGCUACACCAAGCCGUGACUGUACCCCGUAGCUAAGUCCAAGCCAGAAUUAUCCCCAUUUACCACCAUCGUUGUAUCCGCUUCACAUUUAUACAACAUCACGUACCGAAGCUCGAAUAUCCAGUCUCUCGAAUCACGACCUACCGCUGACUCGGCCUGCCUCAACUCGCAAUGGAGCAAACCAAAGCUCUCAACGCCCUCGAGCCGUUCAUCGUGCUCUCUAAAUCUGCCACUUCCCCGCGCGCGGCGGCAGAUCUCGUGACCCGCGUGACCUCCGCCCCCAACACCUUCAUCUUCACCGAACUUCUUCAGACACCUCAAAUUCAGUCCCUGGAAUACUCCCACGAGUUCUCCUCCUACCUCACGCUUCUGCAGAUUUUCAGCCAUGGGACUUACGCGGACUACAUUGCCAACGCCUCGGCGCUUCCUGCCCUCAACGACGAUCAGAAGCUGAAGCUGCGCCAGCUCUCCCUCCUCACACUGGUAGCCAAUGACGGUAGCAACGUCCCUCUCGAUUACGACGCGAUGCAGCGAGAAAAUAAUCAGGCACAACCGCCAAACCAAAGCUAUGCCUCCCUGACCCGCCGUCUAGAGCUCUCCAGCGCGCGAGAGCUGGAAGAGCUAGUGAUCAGCGCCAUCUACGCCGGUCUUAUCGAAGGGCAGCUAGACCCAGCGAACGAAAUGGUACAAAUCAACAGCGUGGCCGCUUUGCGGGACGUUCCCGCGCGGGGCGUGAACGGCUUGCUCUCGAGCUUGCAGGGCUGGGCGGGUCGGUGCCAGGCGACGCUACAGGAGCUGGAAGCAACGAUGGCCAACUUGCGGGAUGAGGCGGACAGGCGGGCGACCGAGGAACAAGAGUGGAACAACAAGAUGUCGCAGUUGUUGGAAGAUGAACAGAAGGGUGCGGUACCGUCCUCUUCUUCGUCCUCUUUGCCCUUCUCUUGGUUCAACAACACACGCGGCGGUGGUGGUGGUGGUGAUGGUGCCGGUGCAGGUGGUAGCUUUCGUGGUAGCGGCUACUCUCGCGGUGGUGGCUUGUCCCAGGGGUACCGGUCAUCUCAAAGAGGAAGCCACCAGCAGCACCAGAAUCAAUCACGUCAGCAGCAAAACCACCAUCACCAUCACCAAAGCAAUCAGAGCGGAACGAACAGCUUGCUGACGAGUGGUGGUGGCAGUUAUCUCAGCUUUAGAGAGGGGCCAUCAGCAGUAUCGCCCUCAGCAGCGGCGGGGUUGAUGGGUUCCUCGACCUCAUUUGCGGCGCUGGGGGGUAUGGAGACGGGCUCUGGCUCAGGCUCGGGGCCUCUUGGAAAGCGAGGAAGCAGCGAUAUGGAUGACUCGGAAGAGGAUAUCGAUGAUGACACGAUGGAUCUGGAUGACGAGGGUGAUGAAACCAAGAGAGGCAGCAAGCGGAAGUUGACCGCCUAGGAGAUAAAAUUUCCCAAGCACUUCAGGAAAAAUCACGGAGCGCCAGGUGCUGGUUGUUGUUUUAACUAUAUUGUCAUGCAAGUUUGAGAUCAUGGAUGGUCUUCAAAGAAAACCAGGUAUUAGUUCGUCCGGCCAAUGGCUGGAGAACGGUAUUGACAGCUAGAAACAUAGCAUCAUUACGAUUUAUAUUCGAGGCCAAAUAAUAGAAAGCAAAUUUCAAAAAUCAUAUCCACCAAUCAAAUGUUGUAAA